CCGAUCGAUCGGCCGGCCGAUUUAAUCGGCCGAUUUUUGCUAUUUUUUAAUGAAUCGGCAUCGGCCGAUUUUCUCAUUUGGUUGCGCCGAUUUUAAGGUCGAGGUCACGUGCUUAAAAUUAAUGAAAAACGAACGAAAUAACAGUCGAGUGGCUCCCCCAGCUGUGAUCCUGCCCCCAUAGUUCACUUCAGGGAGCCGUUCAAAAGAACCGGCUCCGUGAACGUCACACCUCUCUAUCAGGCACACCUCUCUCAGGCACAUCAGCGGGCAGCUACUGGGAGCCCUAAUACUGGUGGUAACCAGUGUGAAGUUUACCUCUAAAAAUACAAUAGGGAGUUAAAAUCUAAGCGAAAUUUUAUCAAAAAAGGAUGCAAAUCUGACAUGUGAUUGACUUUCACCCCAUGUCUAUUUGUUUUCAACGGCAAUGGAGUUGCUAGUGGUGUGUGACCACGAGUGCCUUUUACCAUAGCCUUCCUACAGCUGCUUAUAUAGGCAAGUUUACGUCACACACACUGGGUGGCGCCAUUACUCUUCUAAAUGCAGGGAACAUCCGCCGGAAGUGGGUUGCGCAGCGUUUCCAAUGUAAACAAACCUUGACAACUCACACUUAGACCGCAAGUUAAUAAUGUGGGAACACAGUUUAAAUAAUUUGACAGGAGAUGGCGUUACUAUCCCCCACCCGAAUUAUGUGCAGAACUGGGAGGAUAGUAUGACAACAUGGCCGAACGUAACAUAUGGAAAUAUUUGUGCUUAUUUCGUGGACUCACUAGCAACGGAUGGAAAAGCCAUGGACAACUUAAAAGCCUCCGAGGCAUACCAGUAUUUGCACAGUCAGAAAGUUGGUCGCAUACUGUCUUAUAAGCACGAACGUUUUGUUUAUUUGAAAGCCGAUGUUGAACCAAGUCAGUGCUUGAAUAGCGCCUGGCACAAUGCGUGGGUGCUGACCACAGAAGCAGGAGACAUCAAAACAGCUGGAUGUACGUGUGUCGCUGGACCGGGAAGAUCUUGUUCCCAUGCAGCUGCGAUCUUGUGGAAGGUAGAAAAUGCCGUGAGACAGGGGAAAACCGGGCUCGCCUGCACAGACGGACAGAACCAGUGGAAUGCUGGGUCUAAAAGAAAUGCUGGUCAGAGGAAGAUGAAGUAUGUGAGCUUCAAGAGACACAACAGGACAGACCUCUACCAGCUGCAAUCAACUGCACAGCCAUCCUCUUCCACUCCAGAACCAGCACAGGAGGUGAGACUCUUUAGAAGUCAUGAAGAGUGGAGGAAGAACGCACUUGCCUCACCGAUGGCAGCACUUUUCAAUUGCCCUGGGGAUAGCCUCCUUCAGCUCUGCCUUAAUGCCGACACCACCAACAUCACUGAUCCAACACCAUGCCCACACCUCCAUCUCCUAACCCAUGAUGAGCACCACACACCACUGGCUUGUGAAAAAUGCAGAACUUUUUACAAUCAAUACAUUGACAUGCCCACACCCAAGUUUGAGGAGAUUGAGAGGGCUACCAAACAACAGAGCAAAGAACAGGUCUGGCAUGAUGCAAGGAGAGUGCGCAUUACAGCAAGCACAGCAAAAAAGGUGCCCAUUCGCUUAACCACAGCGCCUGAGAAGUUUUUGUCAGAGCACUUACAUCCAUCCUUCCGUGGCAAUGCCGCAACUCGCCAAGGAGCAGAGGGGGAGGAAGUGGCAAGGGACCAUUUGGAAACUCUGGGCAACAGCAUCGAGUGUAAAGGGUUAGUGGUGUGUAAAAUGGAGCCGUGGCUUGCAGCAUCCCCCGAUGGAGUGAUUAACAAAGACACUCUUUUAGAGAUCAAAACACCAGUGAUGGGAAACAAGUCAAUGGAUGAAUUUUUGGCAACAAAGGGCUGCGAAAUCACCACUGUGGCAAACAGCGAUAGGGUGGAAUACCUUAUUGCCUGCAACGGUCAAAAGGGCUACUACAUGCAGGUUCAACUUGGGAUGUACUGCACAGGGCUUCAGCACGCCAAGUUGGUCAUCUGGAACAAAACGGAGCACCUAGAAAUAGAAGUACCCUAUGACCAAGGCUUUGUUCGGGAGCAUAUCACAAGGUUGCGCACGUUCUACUUUUCCCACAUGCUCCCAAAAAUUGUUGAUGAUUUUGUUGAGGGAAGGUUACAGUUCUGCAGUAAGUAUCUCAGCAUUGUAAAACCAAAAUAAGCUGCCUUAUCUAGAUGCACAAGGGUGCCUGCCAGCAGAUGUCUGGUCUUUAGAAAAUGUGAAAUUAAUGAAUGUGAUAUAUGUUUCUUGUACAGAGUUAAAAAUAAAUGUUGAUGAAAUGUCAAAUCAUUAUGAAACUACAAUCAUGUGUUCCCCAUCUUCUUUAGAGUGUUGAGCUUACAAUUUCUUUUAACACAAUUAAUUCAUAG